CGUCCAUCCUACAGACAUGUCCUGCUAUGAACGGUGCCCCCCCACCUCCUGUGGCCCAACCCCAUUGGCAAAUAGUUGCAACGAGCCCUGUGUCAGGCAGUGCCAGGACUCAACAGUGGUGAUCCAGCCCUCUCCUGUGGUGGUGACCCUGCCUGGACCCAUCCUCAGCUCUUUCCCUCAGAACACCACAGUGGGAUCCUCAGCAUCUGCAGCCAUUGGGAGUGCUCUCAGUGCUGAGGGAGUACCUAUCUCCUCUGGGAGCUCCUUGGGAUUAGGGAGCUUUGGCUAUCCAGGCCUGGGCAGUGGGUACAGCCGGCCCUACCGUCACUACAACACCUACCGCAGUGGCUUCUACGGGCCGUGCUAAAGCGUGAGGAGCAAGCAGGAAGA